AUGGCCCGCAGAAGAAUUGCAAUUAUUGGAGCCGGUGCCAGCGGUUUGGUUUCAAUCAAAACCUGCCUGGACGAGGGUCUGGAUCCCGUCUGCCUGGAGAGGACUGACGACAUUGGCGGGCUAUGGCGGUACACGGACAACGCCGUAGAUGGCCAAGGCUGCGUCAUGAAGUCGACCAUCGUGAAUACCAGCAAGGAAAUGAUGUGCUUCAGCGAUUUCCCUGUGCCGAAGGAAUUUCCAAACUUCAUGCACAACACGCUGGUUCAAAAAUACUUCGACAUGUACUGUGACCAUUUUGAUCUCAGAAAACAUAUCCGUUUUAGGAAGGCAAUCCUUAACAUCAAACCCGCUAGCGAUUUCGUCUCGACCGGACAGUGGGACAUUGAAAUUAAAGACCUUCCAUCUGGAACCGUUAGUACCGAAACUUAUGACGGCGUAUUGAUUUGUACAGGUCAUCAUGCUUUCAAGAAUUCCCCGUCGUUCCCGGGACAGGAGGAGUUCCGAGGUCAGGUGAUGCACGCGCACGAUUACCGGACUCCAGCUGGAUUUGAGGGAAAGAAAGUCGUGGUCAUAGGAGCGGGCAAUUCUGGAGGAGACAUUGCUGUUGAACUAAGCAGGGUUAGGUCACAGGUCUUCCUUUCUACCCGAAGCGGAGCCUGGGUAUUUAACCGUCUAUCGUAUGAAGGUGUGCCUUACGACCUCUUAGACUAUCGCCGGAUCGUCUGGAAAAUCGUCGAUUGGAUGCCCGAAUCACUGAUCAACGCCUUGAUGGAAAGACGUCUAAACAACCGCUUUGACCAUGUGACAUACGGCAUCCAAUGCAAGCACCGUUUUCGUAGCGUCCAUCCAAUGACCAACGACGAGCUUCCAGGAUGUAUUGCGAGUGGGGGCGUGGUAGUCAAACCCAAUGUUAGCCGAAUACUAAAAACAGGCGUUGAAUUUGAUGACGGCACUGUGGAGGAGAACGUCGAUGUGGUAGUCAUAGCAACUGGGUAUACUAUAGGGUUUCCUUUCAUAGACCAAAGUGUGAUUGGUGUCAGUGAUAAUCAGGUAAAUCUUUACAAGUAUGUCUUCCCGCCGGAUUUGGUGCACCCCACGUUGGCCGUCAUUGGUUGCAUUCAGCCCAUAGGAGCCAUUAACCCAAUAGCCGAGAUGCAGGCUAGAUGGGCUACCAAAGUCUUCAAAGGAGAACUAUCUCUACCAUCACGGGAAAAUAUGGUGGCCGACAUAGCUGACAAGAAGAUGCGGAUGCGCAAGCGCUACGCAGAAGGAGCACAUUACACCAUUCAGGUGGAUUAUGUUCCUUUCAUGGAUGAACUGGCUACACUUGUUGGAUGUAAACCAUCAAUAGGAAAACUCCUGCUAAAAGACCCUCGUUUAGCAUUGGAGGUGUUUCUAGGUCCUUGUACACCGUAUCAAUAUCGCCUUCAAGGCCCUGGUCAGUGGGAAGGGGCAAGAGAGGCCAUAAUGACCACCUUUGACCGCGUGGUGUUUCCCACAAAAACCAGAGUCGUGGAGAAACCUAAGACGGAGGGCUCCAACUACAUGCUUGUGUUAUUGGCUGGGGCGCUGAUACUAGCCGCGUGGUGUUUUAUGUGACGUCUAAUGUGACUUAUAUUAGAUGAAACAGGACAUUGUACGUCUUCUGAAGUGAAACCCGUAAAACACUGUGCACAAAAAAAGAAAAAAAAAAGACAUGCGAAUCAAGUCUUCAUUUCAUUUGAUUCUAGUACCAUCACUAGUAUUAGUUAGGACCGUAUUUAGUGGACGUUGAAAUUGCAGUCGUUGUAUUGCACUGUAAUACUUAUUAAUCAACUGUUUUCCAAUGGAUACUACAUGAACCAGUACGUGUAUGUACAUGUAUCAUAUCCGUCUUGUAUUUCGUCUUUCCUUUUCUAUUCAUUUAAUGUGAAACAUACCGAGUAGAAUAUUUCAGAAAUAAAUAUAAUACUGAAAUUGGUAAAAACAAUUGCAGAAAAUUUGCUUCCUAAGCUCUACAGCUGACA